AUGUCGGACGUCCAGCUAGAUGACUGGAACUACGAAGAUGGGACUAAAUAUCACGCCUGGUCAGCAUACGGUAGGGCCAAAACAACAAGCAUUUUCUUUACGGAAGCCCUAGCGUCAAAGCUGCACACAAGGCACGUGGACUCGGUUUCAUUAGACCCAGGCUCCAUCAAGACCAAUCUUCAAGUAUAUUUGACGCCAGAAAUGAGGGAGGAAGGCAUAAAAACAAUUGAAACUAACACAGGCCGUCCAUUCUCCGCUAGUGAGCUCAAGACCAUUGGACAAGGAUGUUCAACAAUCCUCGUCGCAGCAUUGGAUCCAACCCUUCCAUCCGGAAGUUUCUUGGGAGAUUGCAUCGUAGCCGCACCUGAAGUCUACGCGAGAGACCAAGAGAAAGCUGAAUUGCUGUGGGCUUUGAGCGAGAGACUGGUCGGACAGACGUUCGAAUGGUAG